AUGGGAGAGGAAUUUGAGAGUGCCGCUUUGAGUAAGAAAGAGCAGCGCAAACUCAAGAAGCUUUUGCGCAAAGCCAAUAAGGAAGAAGAAAGAGACGACGGUUUGAAUUUGGAGAAAUUGAAUGAAAGUGCAAGCGAAGAAGAGGAAUUGGAGUUAGAUCAGGGAUCUAAGAGUGAGGACGACGAGGAGUCUGAUAUUCCGCUUUCCGAGGCAGAACUAGAAUCAGAUGCAGACGUUGUGCCGCACACAAAGCUCACCGUGAACAAAGUGGCCGCCUUGAAACAGAGUCUCGCAAGUUUUGCACUGCCAUGGGAUAAAUUACCGUUUGAUGAACAUCAAUCUGUCACGUCAUCAGAGAGAGUGGACACGCAGGUCAAAGACGUUUUCGACGAUACAGAGCGCGAGCUGGCCUUUUAUAAGCAGGGACUAGAAGCUGCCAAGAUCGCCCGCCAAAAGCUUCUUGCACUAAAUGUUCCCUUCACUAGGCCCCCAGACUAUUUUGCAGAAAUGGUGAAAUCGGAUGCACACAUGGACCAGCUCAAGGUGAAGCUGAUUAAGGAAGCUUCUGAAAAGAAGGCUAGAGAGGAGGCCAGAAGACAGAGACAACUAAAGAAGUUCGGCAAGCAAGUGCAAAACGAGACCCUGCAAAAGAGACAGAAGGAGAAAUCCGAAGCUCUUGCCAAAAUCAAGUCUUUAAAACGUAAGAAGCAGAACCACGAAAUUGAUGAGGAGGAGUUCAACAUCGCAGUUGAGGAAGCUGUUGCUGCUGCUCCUGAACAGGGACGCAGGGGCAACAAGAAGCAGAAGGUGGAAUCCAAGCUAAACCGCAAGAAGCCUCAAAGGCCAGGAAAGAGCAAACGACACAGACGGGGUAAAUAA